GGACGGAGAGUCGUUGCGCCGCGCCGCGGUCGGUCGGUGCGGUCACGGUUGUGGGUUCUUGGGGUCGCUGUGCAGCGGGUUACGGGUCCGCAGCGGGUCACGGGCCGCCGAGCGCCGUCUUCACCCGGCGCCAUGGCGGUGGCCGCGGUCGGCCUCCCGGGAGCCGCGUGCUGCCGGCUGUUGCGCCUGCUGUCAUUCCUGCUGGUGGCCGGCCCUGCGCUGUGCUGGAACGACCCUGACAGAAUCCUGUUGCGGGAUGUGAAAGCUCUCACCCUCCACCAUGACCGCUACACCACCUCCCGCAGGCUGGACCCUAUUCCACAGCUGAAAUGUGUUGGAGGCACAGCCGGUUGUGAUGCCUUUACCCCCAAAGUGAUCCAGUGCCAGAACAAAGGCUGGGACGGAUACGAUGUACAGUGGGAAUGUAAGACCGAUUUGGAUAUUGCAUACAAAUUUGGCAAAACUGUGGUGAGCUGUGAAGGGUAUGAGUCCUCUGAAGACCAGUAUGUACUCAGGGGUUCCUGUGGCUUGGAGUACAACUUGGAUUACACGGAACUGGGCCUGAAGAAACUGAAGGAGUCUGGGAAACACCAAGGCUUCUCUGAUUAUUAUCACAAGCUGUACUCCUCUGAUUCCUCUGGUGUUGGCGGAUUGGUUACCAUUGGGGUACUCCUUGCUCUUGCCUAUGUGGUUUAUAAGCUGUUCCUUAGUGAUGGCCAGGGUUCUCCUCCGCCAUAUUCUGAGUACCCGCCGUAUUCCCAGCACUAUUCCAGGUUUACCAGUGCUGCAGGAGCGCCUCCCCCAGGCUUUAAGUCUGAGUUCACAGGACCACAGAACCCUGGCUAUGGUGCAGCUUCUGGCUUUGGGAGUGCUUUUACAGGACAAGGCUGUGACAGUUCAGGGCCGGGCUUCUGGACUGGCCUGGGUGCUGGAGGAUUGCUAGGAUAUCUGUUUGGCAGCAAUAGGGCGGCGACCCCCUUCUCAGACUCGUGGCCCUACCCACCCUGCCCUCCUUCCUAUUCUGGCACCUGGAACAGUCGGUCUUACUCACCACCAGGCGGAGGCACAGGGAGCUAUUCUGCAUCCUCAAGUACAGACUCGAGAACCAGAACAGCAUCAGCAUAUGGUGGCACCAGAAGACGAUAAAAUAGAAAGUUGGAAGCAAACACUGGAUGCAAAGUUUGGAACUUGUCAUCACCAUCUCUUUAACACCUGGAUAAUGGGAAUCUCCAAAAGUUGUGUGGUGUUUUGUCCUUGUAUAGCUUUUCAUGCCCUGUUGUUUGUGGCCAAGAGCUGAUAUGUGACAGAAUGCUUACAUUUUGUAUGUUUUAGUGUAAUGUGCAGUUCAAAGUGAUGGCUACUGUGGAAUGCUGACAUUGUCUUGCUUGAUUCUAAAGCCUGUGGUGCUGGAAGGAGCCUUAAGAAUGGAGCAUCCUCCUCCUGAGUCUGAGCACAGACAGCUUGAGCCAAGGUGGCUUUAGUUGAGAGUCAUUCCCUCAUAGAAACAAUAAUCCUCUAUUUGGUAUUAAAACAUUUGGUAUUUGCUGUUCUUCAAACAUUAAAGCCCAGCACUGGACUACUAAUUAUGCUAAUCUGUGGGUUCCAAUCACUGGAUCUUCAGAGCUUGGACCGCUCCUGUGGUGGUCAGCGUCUGGUGAGUGAGCUGACCUUUCCCAGAAAAGGGGUGAAAAUGAGGAAGUAAAUGACUGUGCUCCCAGAAGGGUGGAAAUCACUAGAUUCUUUAGUUUUCAGGUGGUAAUGUUCAGAUGCUCCAAAGCAGUCUGUCAACAGCAAAAGCAUGCAGCUGUCUGUGAAGUCUUAGAUGGUCAGAUGUUGUAACAGUGCAUUUCAGCCUUACAUUAUAUGACAAUAAACUAAAAAAACCAGGAA